AUGUUUUCAUGGCUCCUCCUAGUCCGGGCCUCUGCAAUGGGCUGGACGCCGCUUCUAAAUAUUCUGUCAAACCAAUUACCUAAACCAGAAGCUGACGCAAAAAAUCUCGAAAAGAAAACGCGUAUCAACGUUAGUGGUACUAUUUUCGAGACUUGGCAGUCAACCCUCGAUAGAUAUCCCUUUACAUUGUUAGGGUCACCAGAACGGGAGUACUUUUACAACGAACUUACCCAGGAAUAUUUUUUUGAUCGUGAUCCCCAAGUUUUCCGGUAUAUUCUUAACUAUUAUCGAACUGGACGGCUUCACUUUCCGCGCAGUGAGUGUGUUUUCGUCUACGAAGAAGAGCUUAACUUUUUUGGAAUACGGCCUGAUGCGUUGGGGCUUUGCUGUUAUGAGGACUUUGUGGAGAAGAAGAAGGAGGAUGCUAACCGGUUUGUGACAAAAAAGGAAGAACAACCUUUCGACCGGUCAAAGACAAACUCAUUCAGAGAACAGCUAUGGUUUGCAUUUGAAAACCCACAAUUUACUAACUUUGGUCAAGUGUUGUACUACGUUUCUGGUUUUUUUAUUGCUCUCUCAGUUUUGGCAAACAUUGUGGAAACGGUUACCUGCUCAGUUUCUGCAGAGACUGGCCUGCCCAUAUCCUGUGGUGUUCAGUUUGAACAAGCCUUUUUUUGUCUCGACACAGGAUGUGUUCUAAUUUUUACCGUUGAAUACUUUGCUCGUCUCUACGCUGCUCCCAAUCGGUGCAAAUUUGCCAAAUCGGCGAUGUCAAUCAUUGAUGUUGUCGCUGUACUUCCCUACUACAUUGGCCUCUUUAUGACAACGAAUGUCUCCGGGGCUUUUACCACCCUAAGGGUUUUUCGCGUGUUCCGGAUUUUUAAGUUCUCGCGACAUAGUCAGGGUCUUCGCAUACUUGGCUACACUCUUAAGUCGUGCGCUUCUGAACUGGGAUUUCUACUGUUCAGCAUGUCCAUGGCUAUCAUUAUAUUUGCUACCAUUAUGUAUUAUGCGGAAAAAUCAGAGACCUCUCGCUUUACAAGCAUACCAACUGCAUCGUGGUACACAAUUGUUACAAUGACCACCUUGGGGUACGGCGACAUUGUUCCGGUCACGGUGAUGGGAAAAAUUUUCGGAGGCAUUUGCUCACUUUCGGGCGUUCUCGUCAUAGCUCUUCCCGUGCCUGUCAUUGUCUCCAAUUUCGCGCGCAUCUACCAACAAAGUCAACAGGCUGACAAAGAAAUCAGUCAACAAGCUUUAAGGAGCGCAAGAUUCAAGGUUCUUGCGCAAGAGCAGCACUCGGCCUUCUUGAUGGGGAAGCGACUGGCGGAGGCACAUAUGAAUGCUCUGGAUAGAACCAAAGGCGGCAGCGCAAAACGUAGCAGUGGCUGCAGCGAGGCGGCGGCGGCAGCGGAAGUGGUAGCCGAUCACGUGGGCUCAGGGGCGACGUGGCCGCGCACUCAAAAUCGCGGGGUGUUGGAGCCUAUUCAGGAGGAGCUAGAGGAUGCACCACCCCUGCUCAGUCAGCUCACCAUGAGUCCUGUCCAACUACAGCACUACCACCUCCUCAUCUGCCUCGAGCGAUUAGUCGUGAGCCUGCCUGUUGGUUAA